CCUUCGCCUUCUGGCCAUGGAAGAAGUGUGAAAAGAGUGGAAAAGCAAAGCAGAAUCUGUCCACUCCUCCUGUUCCUCUCUCCUUUUCAAUAUUUAUCCUCACGAAGGAGACAUCGUGGAGAUAAUGGAAUCCAACGAAUUUGAACACUGCCAAUAUCACUAACCCUCCCUCCACUUUGUAAGUGAGUGAUUCAUUUGUCAAAAUCGUGCUUCCUCUCUGCUGUUUGCCUUCGAUCACGUACAGAUUGUGGUCUAAGCUGAAUUUUUUUUAGUGUUUGAGAAUAUAACUGGUUAGAGUGUUGCCAUUAUCGCAGAGAUCGUUCAACUUUACCUUAAUCGCUUAAUUUUCCCUUUGAACCUAAAACUGAUAGUAGCAGAGGGAGUUCUUUUAAGGUCUUUCUCUGAUUAUAGUUUAUUUCAUGGAUUGCUUGCACCAAAUGAUCGCCAAAAUCGAGUUGAAUUUUCUGUUUUGCCUUGUUCAAGUGUUCUAACAUAAGCAUAAAUUAGCGAUCAGGAGUUGGUAGGUUUAUCUUGUAUUAGCAAUGGUACUUUUAAUGCUCAAUUCCAAGGGGCCACCGAUAAAACGAAGGGCGGGUUUGCGGAUAAAACAAGCUGGAAGAGGUUCUUAUCGAGGCAGCUAGUGAAGUGUUUAGGAUAUAAUUUGGCGAAAUUUGUUAUAUGUAAUAGAGACAUUUGUGUAUUUCUUGGAAAGUCAACGAAUGGGAACUACUGCUUUGAGGCAGUUGUUGAAAAGUCUUUGCAAUAAUUCAGUCUGGAAUUAUGCGGUACUAUGGAAUCUUAGCCAUGGGAGCCAAAGGAUUUUGACUUGGGAAGAUGGGCAUUUUAAUCCUCCAAAUUCAAGAGAAGUCGCCGAAUGUAUAACCGAUGAUGCUGCUUACUACAAAGAUGCAAAAGAUAUUUUCUCUCGACAGUUCGAAAGAAAUACAUCCAGUGGUAGCUCAGAGGAGUAUCGAGUUGGACAUGUGGUGGCUAACAUGAUGCACCUUCAGUAUGCCAUGGGAGAGGGGGUUGUCGGGAAGGUGGCUUUUUCAGGGGAUCCUUGCUGGGUGUGUUUGAAUAAUCUUUUCACUAACAGAGCCCGGUUAAUUCCUGAGUGUCCAGAAGAAUGGCUGCUUCAGUUUGCAUCGGGUAUCCAGACUAUUUUGCUGGUACCUGUGCUUCCACAUAGAGUUCUGCAACUUGGAUCAUUGGAAGAGGUUGCUGAAGAUAUCAAUAUAAUAGAAUAUGUCAAAGAUAGAUUCAACGGCCUUCACAGUGUUUCAGGAAAUGGUGGGGCCUUCUCCAUAAAGAAGGAAUUUGAAGCUCAGCUAAUAUCUCCACCAAUAUCUAGUGCCGUUGGAUAUUUAAAUGCAACUACAGCAUAUUCCUCGGUGAAGACGGGAGGUUUACUGAUACCUGUCAACAAUGUAGAGCUAAAUAGUGACAAUCCGUCCAUUGGAAGUCAAGUUCUGCCCCUGAUAAGCAUACAAGAAGCAUUUAUGCCAGCUAGAGAAGAUCUGCCAGAAGCUUUCAAAUAUGAAACAGAAAAUAAGAUUGUUAUGUCACCUAUUAGCCUUACUGAAAUAUCAACUUCAAGUAUGUUAUUAGAUGCCAUCCAACUGGAGAUGGUGGAGAGCAAGCUGCUUGAACUCUCUUUGGAAGAACUACAGGCAUAUUCAGAUACAUUUGGGGAACCCUUCCCUGAUAUUAUGAAUUCUUUUCCUGCAAGUGAAAUGACAGGGGAACCAUCUGGAGGCAACCUUCCAACCAUCAUGGAUAAUAUAGAUGUUAGCAAUUUUCUUAAAUUUCCUGAGGAUUGUGAGCUGCAUAAAGCACUCGGACAAUCUUUUAGGAAACAGACAGAAAAGCUGUGGGACACGUCUUUCAUGGUUGAGGAUACUCUGACCUGCAGCAAAAAUCAUAGUGGAAGGACCGAACCAUCCUUGUUUACUAGAGAAGGUGAUGGUGGCAAUCUGUUGGAAGCUGUAGUUGCCAAUGCAUAUAAUGGCUCGCAUGACACUUCUAAUAGAUCCAAUAGUUGCAAGUCAUCUGCUAGUUUUUCAGGAGACUUUGCUGCUUCUCCUAAACCACAAAACCAGUAUAAUACGAUUGCCUUGGUGAGUAAUGGUUCAAUCCCAUUUCCAUCUGCAUGCAUUAGUGAGGACAAGAAUGCUGAUGGUACUUCAAGUACUUUGGGGAAAAUGAUGAACACAAAUUCUAUUCAAGAGCAGCAGCAAAGAGUAUGUGAUGACAGGCAGCUUCAGAAGGGGAAUAAGGUCAAAAGAAGGGCCAGACCUGGUGAUCAACAUAGGCCAAGACCAAGAGAUCGACAGCUGAUCCAAGAUCGAGUGAAGGAGUUGCGAGAGCUUGUUCCAAAUAGUGGGAAGUGUAGCAUCGACAGCCUUUUAGACCGAACCAUAAAACACAUGCUGUAUUUAAGAAAUGUAACUGAUCAAGCUGAGAAGUUGAAACAAUGUGUGCAUCAGGAGCUUGCUGGUUGCAAGAAUUGGAGCUCAUCGAAAACCAAACAGACUAACGAAAAAGGAACUAGCUGGGCCUUUGAAUUGGGAAACGAAAUCCAGAUGUGUCCAAUACUAGUGGAAGACCUUGCAUUUCCAGGACACAUGCUUAUUGAGAUGCUUUGUAAUGAGAAUGGUCUGUUCCUAGAGAUUGCCCAGGUGAUCCGCGGCUUGGACUUGACCAUCUUGAAGGGCGUGCUAGAAAAUCGAUCAAAUGACACCUGGGCUCGGUUCAUCGUUGGGACUUCCAAGGGAUUCCACAGACUGGAUAUUUUCUGGCCUCUCAUGCAACUUCUGCAGCAGCGUAAAAGAAACCCCAUCUCAAGCAAGAUCUGAUCGUAUAAUGUCACUUUUUCAGUAGAGUUUACUUUCAUAUUAAGGCAAUACACAUCUCAACCUAAAAGACACUAUUGUAUAUUACAAGGAUUAUUGUGUGUGUAUGAAUUCGGUUGUUCUUCUAGUGGUAAGUGUCAGGAACUAUUUAUGAAGUUUCUAAAUAAAAAAAAAAA